ACUGAGCAAUGAUCGCUUAGGGGACUAUAAGAGGCAAAGUGAAAGGAGACUGAAUUUGGUGAGUCUUUCAUUUACAAACAACUUGAAAACGGAGAAAAUGGCUGAGAAGAUUGCUCUUCUUGAGAGUUACCUGAGUUGCCAUGUGUGUUCAGAGACUUUCAGAGAUCCUGUGUCUCUGAGCUGCAACCACAGCUUCUGUUCGAGCUGUCUGCAACAAUUCUGGGAACAAGCUAAAAACAAAAACUGUCCCAUUUGUAAAAGAAAGUCUUCAAAAGACUUUCCAGGAGUGAACUUUACACUGAAGGAACUGGCUGAUUCCUUUGCUGAGAGACAGAAAGCUGAAUCAUCUGAGACUGAAAGAGGAGAGACGAAGGUGGAGGUGGUGUGUAGUAAACAUCAAGAAGAGCCUAAACUCUUCUGUAAGGAUGAAGACAGAGCUCUGUGUCCUGUCUGUGAGUUUUCCCUCCAUCACGGUCACAAGGUGGUUCCUAUAGAACAAGCAGUCAGUGACCUGAAGGAGCAGCUGAAAUCUGACUUGAAGUCUCUACAGGACAAGAGGAGCAAAUACAAACAAGUGGAGAAAACAUACAAUGAAAUGAUUCAACACUCCAAGAAGCAGCUGCUGUCCACAGAGAGACAGAUCAGAGCAGAGUUCACCAAGCUCCAGCAGUUCCUGAAAGAGGAAGAGGAGUCCAGACUGGCAGCUCUGAGGGAGGAAGAGGAGCAGAAGGGGAAGAGCAUCAGCAGAGAGAUGAAGAUGAUUGAGGAGCAGAUCUCCUCUCUGUCAGACAGUAUCUCUGCUGUUGAAGAAGAGCUGAAGAAAGACAACGUGUCCUUCCUCAGCAGUUAUAAACCCACUCAGACCAGAGCCAGAGCCCAGAGCUCACUGUCAGAUCCACAGCUGGUCUCAGGAGGACUGAUAGAUGUGGCCAAACACCUGGGCAACCUGUCCUUCAGAGUCUGGGAGAAGAUGAAGGAGAAGGUCCACUUCAGUCCUGUCAUUCUGGAUCCAAAUACUGCACCUGCCUGGCUCUGUCUGUCUGAUGAUCUGACCAGUGUCAGAAACGGACAAACAAAGCAGCAGGUCCCCGGAAAUCCAGAGAGAAAUACUAAGUAUGCCACUGUUCUGGGCUCUGAGGGCUUCAGCUCAGGGAAACACAGCUGGGAGGUGGAGGUGGGAGACCAUCCUGCCUGGAAUGUAGGUUUCACUAAAGAAUCAGUUGAAAGAAAGGGAGAGUUUCCUCCUUCACCAGAACAUGGAGUCUGGUGUUUAUUGUAUGGAAAUGGAAAAUACACGAAUGGUGUUGGUAAGACUGUCACAGUGAAGAAGAGUCUCCAGAGGAUCAAAGUCCAGCUGGACUAUGACAGGGGGGAGGUGUCCUUCUACAAUGCUGAAGACACGACUCACAUCUACACUCACAGAGACACUUUCACUGAGAGACUCUUCCCAUAUUUUAGUGUUGGAAAGUCUGGUGAUGCCAAAACUUCUGAAAUCAAAAUCUGUCAAACUGAACUUUGUCACAUCACCAGGAGACAAAGUUUCCAAAUCAAAGCUGUUAAUUAUCCUGGUUAUCAGCAUCUUGUUUAGUGUCAAACAACAUUGUAUAGUUGUAUAUAUCCACUGUACUGAAUGUUUUGAUUGGUUCAGUUUGUUCAACAUCAGAUUUUCUUUUUGAUAUUCUUGGCUGUUUUGAUGAGUUUUGCAUCUGUCGGCCUGUUGAAAUGAAUCUCCUCACCUGAGCACUGAAGCACAAACCUCUGCUUGUUUCGAUUUUAUAUUAUUUUAAUGAACUGUAGAGAGAAAAGAAAAGAAAAGUUGUACUGUGCUGAAUAAAGAGUAAAACGUUUAUCUAAAAACGAAAUCCUCUCAGCACCAUCUGCUGGAGACAAAAUUACAUGACAGCUUUUCCUGUAUGUGAUAAUUCAACUGGUGAGGGACUCAAUGAAAUAUGAAACAUUUUUAUCUAAACUUGUUUUCAGUUGGAAAUUAUUUUUUGAAAGACCUUGAGCAAUGAAGAAUUUUGUUGUUUUCUAAAAUUCACAUUUGUUCAUGAUGACACUCCUGAUUUUCAUAUUCUGUUCACUUUUAAUAAAUUUCAGCAGAAUCUUUG